AUGGCACCGUCAGAAGAGUCUAUUCUGAGUAACUUUUUGCUAUCACCAGCACCACUACCAACAGUUCUACCACUGCAAAAGUUUACAGAGCUUUUCCCUAAAAGGCUGCGAAAUCAUCCACAUAUCCGGACAUUGUAUCGUGAGCUUCAGCAGGUCCGCGAGCAAGACAUGGACCGUGUGAGUGAAAAUAUCCAUCUGGAAAUCCAAAAUGGAGAACGUCAGAAAGCAGAGCUUCGCAAGGCUAGCCUUGCUACGGGUGUCGAAGCAGCCAGUGAAGAGCAGCGUGAAAUGGAAUUGGAUCUCCACUUAUUUGAUCCAAAUCCCACAGAGUCCGAUGAAUAUCACUCAGUUGAUAGUCUCUUGGCAGAGAUGGAGAUGGCUUGUGCCAAUAUUGAGCGUGAUAUUGCUGGUGUUGAUGAACAGGCUGCAAGUCUUUUAACACAGCUUCACACUACAGUGGGGAAUAUGAGUGACAUUCGCUACGGCAAGAUGAAGGGACCUGGUAAUAUUGCAGAGGAAGCUAUUAAGGGCCUACAAAACCUUGAAGAUACGUGUUACAAGAAAACCAUGGGAGGAUGA